AUGCGCAAGACUUCUACGCCUAGAGGCACCGCUAUUAUGACCGAACUCCAAGCACCGUUGGUGUACCUGGCUCGCGAUGAGGUGUACCUCACUGAGAAGCCGUAUUCUGUUGAGUUCGAAAUAGAUGAAGACGAGGCGGACGGUCGACUACAGACGAACUACAAACUAGAGACUGAGACUGUCAGAGUGCACGCCAUGCAUGACAGUACGCAGUUCAACCUUGACACCAAUGGAUUCUGCGUAAUCAAUGCAAAGACAACGCUGCCUGUAAAGGCUGCCCUCGAGGAUCCAGACGCAGUCAAGAUGGCUCACAUUGAAGAGAUUUCGACUCUACUUUACCGCAAGUUUCCAGAGUAUCGUAGGCUCGAACACAUCGAUUUUGUGAUCAGAAAACGACACGAGCAAUUUCCAUCGGACAGAUUCGCAAAGAUAGAGCACCAACAACCAGCUAUGCUUGCGCAUAGUGACUACUCACUAGGAGGUACUGCCAUGCAACUUGAAGCCACAUUUCCUGGACAAGAACAAUACUUUAGUUCUAGAGAGUAUGAUCUGAUCAAUAUAUGGCGACCUCUGGUAGGCCCGAACGACGACUGGCCAUUGGCACUUUGCGAUUACACCUCAAUCGACCUCGAGAGAGACAUCGUCAAUGGCGAUUUGAUCUAUGUCGAGAGAAUAGGCGAGAACCAAAUUUUGCACCACAAUAAGCGGCACCGAUGGUAUUAUAUCAAGGGACAGCAGCCUGACGAUAUCAUGGUCUUUCGAAACGAAGAUUCUACGGGGAAGAGAGCAAAGGCCUUUCAUUGUGCUUUCAACAAUCCAGAGUCCAAUGGUACGCCGCGACAAAGCUGUGAGAUCCGCUUCGUAGCAUUCCGCUGA